AUGACUUCUCAAGGUUGGACGCCUGGAAGUUUUCUCGGCGCUCGCAACGCAUCCCAUUCCGACACCUUUACCGCUGCUAGUGCCUCUCAUAUCAGGGUGACUCUGAAGGACGAUACGCUUGGGUUGGGUGCUCGACCUCCAAAAUUGGGAAAUGAAAACGUGGCAGCCAUAGAUGCUUUUCAAGGUCUUUUGGGCCGCUUGAAUGGAAAGAGCGACACUCAAUUGGAAGAGGAACAACGCAAGCGCGACGAUACUAGGCUGGCUCUGUACGCGCGAACCAAAUGGCAGACUGUCACCUUCGUCAGUGGAGGCUAUUUAGUCCAGGAGAAGCCUGAUUCUGCAAAGAACAAAGGCAAGAAGAACAUGAGCGACAUUUCGGAUGACACAAGUGCGGAGGACAAGUCUAUUAACUCAAGCGAUGACAAUGCGCAUAAUAGGGAUACUCAAGCAGAAGAUCAAGAGUCAAACUUAAAGGCUGAGUCCAAAAAGACAAGAAUGAAGGGCGUGGAUGGAAAGGACGUGAAGGACAUGAAGGAUAAGAAAGAGAAGAAGAAGAAGGAAAAAGAAGCCAAGGAAGAGAAGAAGGGCAAGAAUGAUAAGAGGGUGAAGAAGGAGAAGAAGGACAAGAAAGAAAAGAAAGAAAAGAAGAGGGAGAAGGCCGAAAAGGAAAAGAAAGACAGCUCUAGAAAACGACGACGUACGGACGCAGAAGAGGAAGAUUCGGAAAGUUCUGACUCUUCAAGCCAAAACCAGCUUGAUAAUGAAGUAGCGUCGAAGAAAGCUACUAGCUUACGAAGACAGAUACCCCAUUGGAGACAUUCAUUACGCGGUCGUCACAUUCAACAAAAGAAAAUGGCUGUGAUGGAUGACCGGUCAUUAGGCGAAAUUUUCAUGAUCAAGACUUGA